AUGGUAGAAAGGCGGAAGUACGCACUUAAUUUACUCUUAUCCUUUGACUUUCGGAUUUCUGCCUUGACACAGAUCCGAGAUAAUGUCACAAGAAACAUGAAAGAAUUGAUAGAGAUGAAUAAACCAACUGGGAGUGUAAAAGCCUUAGCAUGUCACCCACGGGUCCCUGGACUGAGUGUAGCAGUCGUCAAGGACAACCAAGUAUUAAUUUCCAAAGGUUACGGACUGGCUGACCUACAAACAGGAACGCCUGUCACAGAAUUCACUUUGUUUCGACUUGCUUCAAUAACUAAAGCGGUUUCUACAACAUUGUUGGCAAAACAGCUUCAUGAAACUUCAAACUACAACCUUUACUCACAUCUGACUAGUUUCUAUGAUAGCAGUUUUAAAUUUUCAACCACAAUCAGGACCGAGAAUGCCAACAUCCGGGACAUUUUGUCACAUGCGCUCGCCAUUCCUAAACACAACUACCUACGUUUGAAUCCAAAACUGAACAGAACAAAUUUCCCAAGUGUUUUAAAGAAUCUAAAGUCAGUUUACCCUUUCCGAGAAACUUACACAUACACAAACAUCGCCUUUGGACUGUCGACAACAAUUUCUGAGAAAAUAGGUAGACAACCUUGGGAAGAUCUGGUUCGACAAGAACUUUUUUCACCCCUUGGAAUGCAUUCUUCUACGUUCUUUUCGGAAACAAAGGGCACGAAUCACGUCGCCAAGGGUUACAUCGAUGACGUCACAAAAUCAUCAACAGUUCCUGUUCCCUCGGUCCUUUACAAUUCUUGGGAAAAACUAUGCGGUUCAAUAUGCCUGAUGAGUAAUGCUCAUGAUAUGGCAAAGUGGAUGAAAUUUCAUCUCAGUGGUGGACUGAACGAACAUGGAAGCCGUGUAAUGCAAGAGGAAACAUUGAAAUCCACGUACAAGGCUCGGAAUUCCAUAUCUUCCUCUGGAAUAAGUGAAUAUUUUUCAAAACCCAGGGUUCCUCACACUACUACUGAGAAUAAUUAUGCUCUAGGAUGGCGAAAUGGAUACUAUAGAGAAUAUAAGAUUUUACGCCAUACCGGAACAAUACUUGGAUUUUCGUCUCUAGUAACCCUCAUACCGGAUAUGAAUAUUGGAAUAUUUACGACUAUGAAUGGACAAGAUUCCGACUAUAUUUUUCGGACUCUUCUUCACAAUUACCUAGCAGAUAUUGCACUUGGGGAAGAUGCAUGGCUAAAUUCUAGCACAAUUUGUUCUUUUCCAAAACCAUGGUUCUCACUGACACCCAGUGCAAGUCACCAUAUCAGUAAAUCGAACACGCUUUCGAGGUCAUCAUCGGAAUACGUCGGACAUUACCAUAACAAUGCAUACGGAGAUUUACACAUCUUUUUAAACUCUACUACGGGGAUCAUUGACUUGAAAUACGGCAUUGCCACGUGGAACCUGUAUCCUAAGCAUUCUCGAGACCAGUUCGCCGCCCAGGGUUAUGGAAUUCUAGAAAACAUAUCUCCAUACGAUCUUGCCACUAUUAAAUUCCACCACGAUACCCAUGGUGGUAGUAUUAUCAGUGUAGAGGUCACCAGUUUUGAACCAAAGGACCCUCCAAUUUUUAGCAAAGUUUCAAGCUCAGUAGGUUCCAGUGUUAUUUUUGGAAAGUAA